CGAUACUUCGCUUUUUGACAGCUGCUUGUCACGCUUGAUAGGUCAAAGAUCAGGGGCAGCCACAGAUGACAGAAUUUCAAAAUAUUCGGACCGGAUUGCUAUUUUAAAUUUCCUUUUAUUUAGAUACCUACCUAUCAAUGAAAAUUCCAAGUUUUAUGAAAAGUGUGUUUUUCGGAGUACCCAUCGGUAUAACGAUAAUAGACUUUAUAGGCUACGUUGCCAGAGUGGAUGGAAUAUCUAUGCAACCUGCUUUAAACCCUGACAAUAGUCAAACUGAUUAUGUAUUUUUGAACAAAUGGGCAGUCAAGCAGUAUGAUAUACAAAGAGGAGAUAUAAUAUCUUUGGUGUCACCCAAAGAUCCUUCACAACAUAUCAUCAAGAGAGUUGUUGGCAUUGAAGGUGAUAUUAUUGCAACAUUAGGAUAUAAGAACGACAUAGUAAGGGUACCUGAAGGCCAUUGCUGGAUAGAAGGUGACCAUCGGGGUCAUUCUAUGGAUUCAAACAAAUUUGGUCCCGUGGCACUAGGUCUAGUAACAGCUAAAGCUUCUUGUAUAGUUUGGCCCCCUUCAAGGUGGCAAAUAAUAACCCCCUCCUUACCUGAUACAAGGGCUCCAUUAAAUUUGAUUUCUAAAUCUGUUUUGACUAUUGCUAAGAUUUAGAAAGACUUCCAAGAAUGAGGGCUAUUUCCUUAGUGAAUAAACUAGAAUUUGAGUUUAGUGGAAAUGUGGUUAGAAAUGCUAUAGCUCUGGGAGAUCUUGACAAUGAUGGUCUAAAUGAAUUAAUAGUAGGAAAUUCCAAUGGAGAAGUGGCAGUUUUUAAGGGCCAAGAAAAAAUACAGACAAUCUCAAAACUCACUUUUGUGAGUUGUGUGGCUAUUGGUGACAUUAUGAAUCAGAAGAAGAACAUUCUUAUUAUAAUAACAGCUGAUGGUUGGUGUCACUUAUAUGCAGCUCCAGAAGUAGAUGAACAGAGUGAGAAGAGUGAAAAGCAAAGUGAUGAAAUUGAUGGACAAACUCAGUCCACUUCUGGAUCUGGCAGCCUAGAAAAUCUCCCUACUAGUGAUAGUAGCAGUAAUAGUGUAAAGUCUAAUAAAAAGAAUGAAAAAGUCCCUCUUGUUUGCAUCCACAUGCAAAGAAUACCAGCCAAUUCCAAGAGUAUCCUCUUGGGUGAUAUUGAUGGGGAUGGUACAUUGGAAAUGGUACUAGGGCUGACCGACAGAGUUGUCAGAUCAUACAAAUGGGUGGGGAAUCCACACAAGCCAACGCUUAACAUAACAGACUCUAAUGUGCCUUAUGAGCCGUCAGAUAAAGUUUUAGGAAAGUUUGUAGCUUUAAACAAAUGGGAGUGCGCCAACCAAAUAGGAUCAAUAACACUGCAUCAUUCACUGGAUGGAAAGGGUCUUUUGUUGAUUGCUCAGCCUGGUGGAACUUUCAUGCGCAUCGAUUGUAGCGCUGAUAUGGAUCAUUGCAGUACUGCCAAUAAUUCUCAACAUAGUGCUUCAGCUUCAACCAAUUCACAAGAACAUAGUAUAUCGGGUAAUGUCGACUAUCAACGUCUGGGCAUAUCUAGAAUGAGAAAUCCGAACAUAUCAACGGAAAUUCUAGGGGACUUAAAAUGUUUACAUGGGCCAAAAGAUGAGAAUGGAAAGAGAGAUUUACAGCAAGGCGCAAUGACAGGAAGGCCAUAUGCGUUAGCAACGCUAGACGGAACAAUAAUGCUUGUACAGGACGAGGUCAUAUUAUGGGCUAUAGCUGUCGAUCAUCAAAUAUUUGCGUUAACAAAGCUGGACGUAACGGGCAACGGAGCUGAUGAUAUAGUUGCUUGCUCUUGGGAUGGUCAAACUUACAUCCUUGACCAAGAAAAGAACUCUGUUCGCUUUAACUUGAACGAAGCAGUUCAAGCAUUUGAGUCUGGCUAUUAUAAUGUAUCCCUGGAUAAGCCUAACGAAACUUGCCUGGUUUAUGUGACAUUCAAAAAUAAAAUUAUCAUAUUUUAUGAUAUACCUAUAAAAGACUUGAACUGUAAGAAAUUCGAACCGAACUUUGAUAAGUUGGUGGAGAUACUAAUCAGGAAAGGAGAUACACGUGAAGAGGCCAAAGAAAAAAUAAGGAAUAUGGACAAAAAGACAAAGAAAGAGUUAGUCGAAUAUCUAUUAUAUUAUGUAAAACCUUAACAAUAGCUUCCUGUACAGUCGUUUAUUACUGUUAUUAUUUUUGAAAGAAAAUACAAGUUUUUUCCUAUGAUUAUACCACA